UUCCUAGUCUGUGGGACAGCAGCAGCCAGUAAACAUGGCUGGAAUUGGUUUCCGACGGUGGGCCCAGGCUCUCGCUAAAGGAAAACGUCCUGGUAUUUCAGCCAUUCUGUCGGGAUGUAGACCAGCCUCUGGUACGUCCAAGGGGAGUCUACCUGGUCCAUACCCGAAGUCCGACAAGGAGAAAGCUGCUGCUGCAAAGAAGUACAACAUAAGGGCUGAGGACUAUGAGCCAUAUCCAGACAACGGCGAGGGCUUUGGUGAUUAUCCAAAGUUACCAGACAGGUCUCAGCAUGAGAGAGACCCCUGGUACAAGUGGGACCACCCUGACUUGAGAAGGAACUGGGGAGAGCCGAUGCACUGGAAUUUUGACAUGUUCAUCAGGAACCGCGUGGAUACAUCUCCCAGUCCUGUGGAUUGGUCCACAAUGUGCAAACAACUGUUUGGUUUCAUUGGGUUCAUGCUGUUUAUGUUCUACGUUGGGGAGAAAUUUCCAGCGUAUCAACCUGUUGCGCAAAAACAGUAUCCCUAUAACAACCUGUACUUGGAGAAAGGCGGAGAUCCGGAAAAACAACCAGAGGAAGUCAAAAAUUACAAAAUCUAAUGACUACAAUCUGACUCUACUUGUGUAUAUAUAUUUCUGUCAAGAAUAAAGACUUGUAUUAAGUUACAUU